GAAGCGAAAUAUCGUGGAAUCAGUACGUCUCAGUCGCCCGCGCGCACGCGAACGCAAGUUAUUCUCUUCGUCACACACUUGUGACUGUAAGUGGAGUGAAACUUAUGAAAAUCUCAAGAAAUUGUUAUAAAACAUAGCUGUUUAGUGAUACUUUACACGAGGAGUUCGUCAAUGGAUUUUUCUGGCACAGUACAGGUGGAGGUUCGCGCCACGAAAUUUGUUUUUGUUUGCGCUGUUUGAGCCGGUGCACUAAUUGCUGUUGCGGAGUGCCACUAUAAUGGAGUGACAGUUGAAAAUGCGGUGGUUCAAGAAGGGCGAGCCGCCGCGGCUACUAGCCGUCACGCCCGACGAACCGAGGCCUACACGCCGCUCGAGAAUCGAUUUAUCUCCAGUACGCUACCCCAAUCGCAAAAGCAGCAGCAGCUCGGUUGAAACCAACUUCUACAAUCUUAGCGAUCAGAUUAUAAUCGUUGAAAAAUCUCCACAUCGAUGCCACCGGGCUGCCGAGACUCCAGUUAGUCGGCGCAUAUCUCUACAAAACGGCCCCGCUUCACCGCAGGAAAGUUAUAAUACAUCGCGCAAAAACCGCGGAGGCUCACUGGAGAAAGAAUACAUGGUAUGUAGAGAAAAGCGAAACCCGUUGCUCGACAAAGUAAAGAACACUAAACUAUCUUGCUUCAAAUCGAACGGUCCACUGCGGCAUGGAGACGACGCUGCAUCAACGUCUGGAAGUGACUGCAGUGGCUUCGGACACGUAGAAGAUGUCACUAAUUGUCGGUAUACGCACAAUUACGCUGACACUCAUAUUGAAUUCGAAAAUCAUAACCCCUGGGUCAAAAUGCCCAACUAUUAUGACGAUGUCUUUUUCGUCAAAAAUAUGACUAGUCCUGUUGAGUGUCAAUGGAGAGAAGGCAAAUCUUUUACGAACAGAGGCACUCGAUGUUACAGCUCCGGGUCAGAGUGUGAUAGAUAUCAUGCAAUACCCAAAGCUGGCGCUAAGCUUUCUAAAUCUAGUGAUCAAAUCUUUAACGAUGACUAUGAAGCAUACGAUGAUGCACCAAUCGCGCUCAACACUCAAAAAAAGACUGAUAAACUUAAGACUAAGGAUGAAAAAGAUUCGGUAGGGCCUAGUUCCUGUCUAUCGGCAAAACUAAGAGCUAUGUCUGAUAGAUAUCUGAAGUCAUCUACUAACAGAUUUCUAUCAAAGCUUUAUAAGCAAGCGGGUGAACACGACGAGGAAGUAAAUGCUAGUAAUGAUAAUAUUUUGAAAACAACCAGUGCCGUGAAAAGCCGAAAGAAAAGAGGUGGAGUAAAAGCUAAGCUACGCAGUUUUUCGUAUGGCGCUUUGCCUGGCUUAGAAGAGUUCCAAAAAGGUCAUUCAGUGUUUCAUGAUGAUGUAUAUCAAAUAUCGUGCGAUGAUGAAAACGUUUUAAUUCAAGAUUGCGAAGAUGCAGAUUCAGGAAUUCUUGUUAACGAAUCGGCAGCCUCUUCUAUUUUCGACAGUGACAGGAUAUCAUCUCGCUGUGAAAGUUCUGCUUCUCAGGCGAACACUCUUCUUCCUAGUCAUGGUAGGAGUGUAUCCGGUGAUCAAAGCUACAUGAAAGCGAGGACAUCGGGUAGAAUGAGCAGGGAGAGAAAAGAUUGUCCCAGACCAAGGCCUAGACAAACCCAAAGAGCUUUAUCACUCGAUCGUAAGGAAAUUCUUAGGCGUAUGCCAAAAAAAGAAAAUGAUUACGAGGAACCUCAAUUUCUACAGCUUACCGAAAAACAGAAAAUGCGGCAAAGAGACGCAAGUCAGGAUUGCGGCAUUCCGCCUAUUCCUCCAUGUAGGAGACCUACAAGAGGUAGCAGGCAAGAGAAAUCACAAAACGAGUUUAAAGUUGUUAGGAUAAUUAGGAACAAUCCUUCAGAUGAACUCGGUAUAUUCAUUGCCAAAACCAAACUAACGGAUGAAGGUCAUGUGGGAUAUCUCGUCGCACAUGUAGUACCCGGUGGAUUAGCGGAAAAAGAAGGCACCCUACGUAUUGGAGACGAACUGCUCAAUGUAAAUGGCCGAAGACUUCGCGAUUUAACCAUGGCUGAAGCUAAAGAAGCUCUUAAAUCUGGGGCCGCCGAAAUUGACAUAGUAAUUUGUAGGCAGCGAGAUAAGCCAGCAGACGCCAGGCAAAGAGAACUAUCCCAAAGGAAUAUAAUAUUAAUGAGAGAAAGUUCUGUGGAUUACGAAAAUGCUAUUAUUUUGGGGAAGGAAAAACGUGCAGACAAAUGUGACGUCAAAAUAGACCGACGUCGGUCGCAGGAUGAGUCGGCGUGUAAUCACACAACGCUAUCAGCGGCGGACGAGUCAGCCGACAGCGCGGCAGCGGCGCACUCGCACUUCCUCAAGGGUCAGAACGCGAGCUACAGCAGCAUGAACAACAAGCUGCUGCGCCGGCAAGUCGUAAGCUAUGGUGGCGCCAACAAGGACACCCUAGCGCUCAGUUGUGCCGCAGAUGUCGUUAACGUCGACACGCCCGACGGUGUUGAACGGACAAAAUGUAAAGACGAUAGUGAACGUGAACCACAAACGCCGAACGCGGCAAACUUCUGUACCUUACCCCGGAGACCAAGGGCGCCAACGCAUACUUACCACACCAUUACAUUCGAGAAAGGCCAUGGGAAGAAACCGCUCGGCUUCACCAUCGUGGGAGGUCGUGACUCACCACGGGGUCCACUGGGCAUAUUCAUCAAAAGUAUCCUACCACAAGGACAGGCUAUUGAUGAUGGAAGACUGAAAGCAGGAGAUGAGGUGUUAGCAGUGAACGGACAUGCAUGCCACGAACUCGCGCAUGUAGAAGCACUGGCGCUUUUCAAGUCAGUGCGCAGUGGACCCAUCGAACUCAGGGUUUGCAGACGAGUCAAAAACCCACAAUCAACCAAAGCUAAAUCUUGCACAGAUCUUCUCAACGAUGACGAGUGAAGCUAGAGGGCGCUGCUUCUGCUGAAGACUUUAGUGUACAUAGCUCUUACGCAUUAUUACUACUUUUGCAUGCUGUAGGUACUACUAUCAUUUGGUUUAUAUACUUUCCAAAAAUAAUCUCACCUUACAAAUAGAAUGUUAUCACGCUAUCAAAUAGCUUUAAAUCUAUCAUAUUUUAAAAGGGGUUUAUAAACCAUUUUUAUGUUAAAACCGCGUAUCUAAUCGAGUCGGAAUCUUUUGUGAUCAAACAGCUCUGUCAUGAAAUCGAUAUGUCAUGGGUGUCGUCGAUCCGUUUCUUAUAUUACUUGAUGAAUCGUAAAGUAUCUUUGAAUGUGCCCUUUUAAUAGUAGUUGCACAUUAAACGCUUUCACUUAGGUUAACAAAAACUUGCUAAAUCUGUUUUAAAUGAAUUCUGUACCUGACUUAAUUUCUCUUUUGUUUUUCUUUAAUUUAACAACGCUCAAACCUAGUGGAUACCUAAACUGAGAAAUCCAAAGAUAAUUAGGUAUUUCUGAAUCAAUAGAUUUUCCUACCUACUUUUAAAAUGUAUUAGAUAAUUACAGAAUUAUGUAUAAACAUGUAGAUACACUAGACAUAGAGCUCCAGAAGCCUAGAUAUAAACUUUUGCGACAGAUAUUCAUUAGUUUUGAAAAAUCUAGUGACUUAGAGUUAGUCAAUACAUAGUGUUAGACUUAAAAUUCUCUUGAAAUUAGCAAUGAAUGUAUAAUUAUGUGCAAUAAAUUAUAUCGAAAUUAUUGAAAGUAGAAAUGUGCACUCCUGAAGUAAUGAUCUGUCUACUGUGAUAGUUUUUUUUUUUUUUUAUUGACUUAUUUUGGAACACUUUUGAGGUACGGUUGAAAAAGAGAUCUGCCACUUGAGACAUUAGCCCUCCUAUUGCAAAAGCACUAUUUUUGAAGUUUUACAUAACAAACUUACUUCAACUAAUUAAACCCCAUCUUGUAAUAAGAGUAGACUAAUGUUUCAUGAAACCGUUCAAUGAAAUUAUAUUUAAGCACUGAUCUGUAAACAUUUUCUAUUAUUCAUGCUCAGUUUAACAAGACUUCGCUCAGGCCUCGGCUUUCAAAAUAUGCCAGAACGAAAUUGAUCUUUAAUGCUUUCACAAUGGAGACGAAAAUAGCAUGAUUUUGCAUGGAAUUAAGUUUUCAUUGGCUGCGGGGGCUGAGCAGGACUGGAACUUGAGCAGUUGACUGUUAUUUUUUCUAUACACUUUUUAUGAAAUAUUUUGCAAUGAAUUAAAGUUAGUUAUUAUCUAAACUUCCUGAACUUUACAGUGGCAUAAGUUUUCCAGUGAUUCUAUUUCUAAAUAUUUAAUCGUUGGGUUAAUCACUCGUAGAUAGAUGGUGAAUUGUAAUUUUGACUAUUAUUGUUAUUUAGAAUUUAUCUGUGGUAGAAAAGUUUAAGGCAAAUAUUGAAAAAUAACGUGGAAAGUUAAAAUUUUAAUCGAGACACUGAUGGUCCUACCAUGAAAUGAUGAGGAGUGAGAGACAGAUAAAGUUAUAUGUUUCUGACUAUAUACGUAUAUCGCUUUUGACAAGCCAUGGUAGACCUACCUUUCAGACUGAUACGACAAAAAUCUUUAAAUUGUUUCAAAGUUUCGGUUAUUUUUCAAAUUUUGUCUUACAACAAAAUGCUUAAAUUAAAAUUAUUGUAUUUUCGAAGUUCGCUCGCGUUUUAACGAGUGAUAAACUGUUUCUUAGCUAUCGCAAUUUAUUUUUGUUAUCAAGUAGGUGUCAUUUUCUAAUCGUUUGAAAAGGCUUAUUAUUUUAUUAUAGAUAGGUACAUAUCAUCAAUUUAUAAUUGUAAUGAUUGAUCGUUUAAAUAUAAUAAUCAUAAAUAUA